CAUUUGUGACACUUAUUCUACCAGAGAGGCUCGGAACAUCUUCGAACAUGCGUAACGUAAUUUUUUUGGCGACAUGCAUAUCUCUGAUUGUUUGCGUAUGGGGAAACAACUUAAUUAUUGGAAAACGUCAGCCGGGUGACGUUCUAAUCACAAAGAAGGACAUCUUCAAGCCAAGAGUGUUUCAUAGACCGCAGAUAGGUAUGUGCAAUGCGACUGCCCACCGUGGUCAACACAUUUCCUUCAUCAGUGUAACAACUCCAAACCCGUGGAUAAUGGGUAUCAAAAUCAUCGAAGGUGGUAUUGGACACAGCUCCGUAGAAGUAAUGGGAGUUUCAAGACCGAGCUGGGCAGUUGUCAUGAAAUGUAUUAUUUUUGCUUCGCCCAAGAAGAAACCAACUACCGAACACACUCCGACUCCCACGCGUUCGACCACAGCUAAAACCACAACGGCAAAAACAACCACCACUCGACGACCAUCGACGACUACAACCACCACUUCAAAACCAGAGACGACUACUGAUCCCACCACUCCAAAACCAGAAACGACUACUGAGCCCACCACUUCAAAACCAACAACUACUGAGCCCACCACUCAAAAACCAACAACUACUGAUCCCACCACUCCAAAACCAGAAACGACUACAUACUGAGCUCACCACUUAAAAACCAGAAACGAUGACUUAGUGGGAAAAAUGACGUCCACGUCCUUUGUAUAUAAAUAGGUAAAAUUUAGUCGGCAAACAGGCGUACAUUGGGCGAUCAAGUUGGUAAAUGUUGAAACACGCUCAAUUAAUUUAAGAAUAAAAAUUGUGAGCAAACUGCGCUUACAUUCGGAUCGAUGACUUGCGUCAAGCGUUAGUAGCUAAUUAAAAUAUAGAUAAUUUCAAAUACUCGACCUAAAUCAUAUCCGAUACAAACUGUACA